AUGAUUCGAAUAAUUUGUUGGUUGGAAAAGGAGUUCCCUCGAUCAUCAUCGUGCCCGCCUGGUCCGAGUAUUGGCACGCGGCAGGGGAGACUACUCGGCAACCACCCGGGCGCUGAGAGAGCUGGCCAUAACCAAGCAGGAGACGUUGCCGACGAGCAAACUUCACGCCAUGCGCGUCGACCCCGAGGCUUCUUUCCCAAUGGUGGGGAGGAUGAGUUCGAUCUGUGCGACUACACAGACGUCUCGAGCAUGAGCACCGACGAAGAGUACACCCUCCUGGCGGCCCUGGCGAGCAGGGGGCUCAACGAUACCAACUUCUCCGAGGAGUUGGGGGAGCUGCAGAUUCAGGGGCGAAAGACAUGUGCAGCGUGCUGUCGCGCUGCUUGA